AUGUUUGAAAAAGACAUAAGCUUUUCUUAUGCAUCAUUUUCAUAUUAUAAAGACUAAAAUUUGUUUUCUACAUAAUUUUAUGAUAAAUAUGGAAACUAUUUAUUCGAAAAAUUUCCUGAUGAAAAAAUAACAAUUUCUACAUUAAACUUUGUUGAAAAAAAAGAGCCUUAUAUUUUUUAUGGUACUGAAAGUGUAAACUUAUAAUUUAAUGCUUGA